AUGGAGCAGAACAACAACAACAUGGAAGAUUUCUCCUUGAAUGUCUUUUCUGUCACUCCUUAUCAGCCGAACAGAUCUGAUGUCCUGGUGUCAGAUGGGGAUAAAGCCGGUGCCACUUUGCUCUUUUCAGGUGUGUUUUUGGGACUGGUAGGGAUCACUUUCACCGUGAUGGGAUGGAUAAAAUACGAUGGCGUUACUCACCUGGAGUGGACCCAGUUACUAGGGCCUAUUCUGCUGUCUGUUGGGGUGACUUUUAUUCUGAUUGCUGUUUGUAAAUUUAACAUGCUUACAUGCAAGCCCUGUAAAGAAAGAGAGGAAAAUACAUCAGACCUCGACCAGACUGCAAGUGGACAGUCCUUUGUCUUCACCGGCAUUAACCAGCCUAUAACUUUUCACGGCGCCACAGUGGUACAGUACAUCCCUCCGCCGUACCCAGCCCAGGAAGGCGCUGCUGUGAGUCCUGGAUACCUUCACCCGGUGCUCAGCUGCUGCGGUCCUGUUUCCCCCAGUGCCUCACCAGUUCCCACCCUGGGCUCCGCUCACUUCUGCCCUGCCUACCCCCUGGAUAACCCGGCUUUUACCGGAGACGAGAACUAUGCUGCUUAUCCUGCAGAGAAUACCAGGAAUCGGAGGUCAGAGGACAGUUCUGAUGAGCCAGAACUGCUGGAAGACUAUGCCUGUGAUGACUUGUCACCUCCACGUUAUGAGGAAAUAUACCCACUGUCUUCAUAA